UCAUUUCCUUGUCGAACUAAUGAGACUAAGCUGCAGAUUUCAGGUGUGAAUCGAGCAAAGGACGAAUAGAUAGGAGAAUGAGGAAGACAUUUAUUUGUGAUGAAUCAAUUAUCAUCACCAUCCCAAUCGGAAGCCUGAAGAAUAUUCAGGAGGGUCAGCUGAUGCCGGAGAACUUCCACUGUGUGUUCAGGGAUAACUUCAAGGUGUUUGCUGUCAGAGGAAAGCCGAAACCACUCGGGGCAGCCCAAGCAAUUGGUAGUAUGUUUCUUAUCACCCUUGGACUGAUUUCCUCAGGAUCAUUCACCAUCGCAUACUCUGUCAUAAGUGUUCUGUUUUUGAUCUCCGGCAUGGUGUCCUUUGCUGCAGGAAAAUGUUCAAACAUGCAUAUGGCCAAGCUGUCCUUCUCUAUGAACAUCAUCUGCUUCUUUAGUUCACUGGUGAUUUUUUCUCUCUGUGUGGCCGAUCUUAAUUCUUUAAGUUAUGAAUCAACUCCGAAGCAGUUAGCUAAUGGGAUUGUCGGCCUGAUCAUGACUCUGCUCGUCUUUGAAUGUAUGAUUUCGCUGUUCUUGAUCUACUGGUUGAGUAAAGCUGUGUGCAGAGAACAUUUCAACACCUUGCCCAUCAUAAUGCUGAAGCAGGGGGACUGAAUGAUAAACAAGGAGCAAAACCAGAAAUGAUCAACUCCUGUCUACGUUUUUGUUUCACAGACUUAAACUGCAGCUGGGUGUCAGAAAUUUGCUCUUUGCUGUUUUGCUCGAAAUACAAUCAAUGAAUCAAUGGAAAAGUAUAUAAUAUAAAUGGCUUUCUGUUUAUGUACAAUUUCUCGUUGUUUAACACAGGUAGGCUACUCAUGAUAGUAUUACAUUAGAAAAGGUUAUAUUCAGCUGCACCGACUGAUGUCAGGUGGCUUUGAAAUGACUUUACAGUUCCUUAAAGUCUUUUUCAAACUUUCCACAAAAAAAAACAACUCUGUACUUUUUCUAACCAAGGACAAAAUAUGUAGAAAGAAACCUCAGUUUGGAAAUGGGUUAUUUUCUGUUUUAGAACUAUAGGUAGGAAUCGAGGAAAGCCUUUUGCAAGCUGAACUGCAGUAGAAAAAAACAAUUUAAAUACUGUAAGUAUUAAAAACUGUGAAUGGUUGCUUGACCAUAUUGUGUUUGUAAAUCAUCUGGUCAAUUUUUCCAACUCACAAUUGUAUGUCGAUACUUUGUUAAUGUUUUGUCUUCUUUCUAAUCAAAAAAACCAAAACAAAAGGAACAUCAAAAUAUUUCAUGUAAAUGCAACAUUUUACCAAAUGUACCUUUUUAAAGAAAAAUACAUUGAAAAGAGAUGUUAUGUAUUUUUAUAUAAACAUAAGCUAAUUCAUGUUUUCAUUAUAUACAAAAUACUGAUUUUUACUCUGUGCUCAUGGUGUAAAAUACUGCUGAGCUAUAAUAAUGCAAAAUAAUAACACUUCUAAUUUGUUUAUGACACGCAAAACUUACAACAUCCUGCUUUCUAUGAGAGAAUAGCUUAGGCACACAUGGGAAAAUGCUUAGAGAUCAUUUAAUGUUUAUUAAAAAAAAAAAAAAAACUUCUGCAAAAUGUGUCAUAAUUUCUACAGAUGAUAAUUUGGGUUGGGGGUAUGCAAA